CAGAGUCAGGAGAUUUGUAUGCUUGGGGCAUGGGCACGAAUGGACAAUUGGGCACAGGCGGGGAAGAUGACGUCGAGGAACCUAUUCUAGUCAAAGGGAAACAACUAGAGGGAAAAACUAUAGUGAGAGUCGCAGGUGGUGGUCAACAUACGUUAGCCUUAGCAACAAUCAAGAAGCAAAGAAAAUCGAACAGUUAAGAUAAAAGAUACCUUCGCUGGUAUAUUAGAAAAGCAAUACAGUAUCGAAGGAGAAAAUGUAAUUAAAAUACCACUUCCAUUUUCUACAUGAAAGUACACCAUAUAAUUUUGUACAUAAUUCAUUUUUCUAUUAUAAAAGAAUUGCA